AUGGUGAUGCUCCUCUUCGCCAGGGUCUCGAUAUGGGCCGGCAAGCAAGUGGUGGUAAGCGACUCCAAGCGACAGAUCUGCGCGGCAAUCGUCCCGUCCUGGGCUGGAUGGGGGCAGGAUGACGCCGCCGAGGUCACCACCGUCACCUGGCUGACCCUGCUGGCAGAAUCACGGCGGAUGGGUUUGGUGAGGCGACUGGCGACCCCAGCCAUCGCCGUGCGUCGCGGUGAGGUGUCUGGCAGCAAUACAGCACCACCCAUCCGCAAUGAAGCGGAUCUAGCAGCGGCUGUUGAGGGAAUCAUUGCGCCGGACACACCGGCUCUGCGCGUUUCAGCUUUUGGCAGAAAAAGGCGUGGCGAUUGGCCGGAUGGGGACGCUGUGCCGUUGGCUGAAGAUGAUGGGGAUACAGGUUUGGUGUUGUGGAGGUUGUGGAGAGCUUGGCUGACGGAUGACAGCUGCAAGAUGGGGGACAGGGGCUGGCGCAACGCUGGGGUACGAGCACGUGACCUAACACUGCCACCACCGUCAACCUUCGACCAGGAAAAGGGAUACGGGAGAUUUCUUGGAACUGGCAGAAAAGAACAACAUCAGUGGCCAGAUCACGAUGUCUCAUCUCCCCAUCAAACACUAGCCGGUCCAGCUGACGGCACGUGA